GAUGGCUGUUACACCGGGAAGGACAGUGAUUUCCAUCUCAGUAGGAAUGCGAAGCCUCGUUGUUUUUGUGUUAGUUUUCACCCUUUCAAAAGUUUAUUGUGUGGUUCCUGAUGCAAAUUCCAGUGCCAAGAAGACAGCUGGGAAUGGAAACAACGUCUUCACAGCAGAGCAAGGAAGAAAGCUUCAGACUGGGCUCAGAGAGGCGACGAUUGGGAAUUCAUCUUCUAACAAUCUGCCUGUUGCUAACAGAUAUCCUCGGCAGGUGGAUUACAUCAUGGGAGGAGUGAAUAAACUCAGCAAUAGACAGAAACGUUCUUCCUACAGCAGGGUUGGAAGCAGCAAACCAACCUUUGAAACAGCCAGGGGAAAAAACUGGUGUGCUUAUGUUCAUACAAGACUCUCGCCUACUGUGACAAUAGAAAACGUGCAGAGUCAAGUAUUGCUGACAUCAAAGUCAUGCGUCUUGAAAAUGGGGAACUGCCAGCCCAGAUAUCAGAUCCGGAACCAACCGGUAUACAGGAUGAAGCACAAAAUAGUGACAUCAUUGAACUGGAAAUGCUGCCCUGGAUAUAUCGGAGCUGACUGCCAGCCAAAAGAUUAUUUGAAGAGACAAGCAGAGGAGAACCAAGCUGAGAGUCAAAGAACUGGAGCUGAUCUCCCCAAGGAUCCUCAACGCCACUAUGAUCCAGCAUUAGCAGCAAAAUUCAACGACAAGCUGUAUAAUCAGGAAAUUAAACUGGGUCUUCUGCAAAAGAAGGUUGUAAACAUUUCUGCCUACAUGAAUGAUGUGUGGAGUCUACUGUACUCUCUGGAGGGCAAGAUAGAUGAAGAUAAUGGGAAAGAUCUUCAGUCAACCUUUAAAGGGACCAAGUCGAGAGGGAUUCAGGAGCUGGUGAAAGAACUGGUAUCACAACAGGUUCGUUCCUUUCAGGGGAACAUGGAGGAGAUGGUAGCUCAGCUGUACAAAACCAUCUCCAGUAUAAAUGAGGAACUUCAAAGCACGAAAGAAACCAUCCAGCAGUUAAAUCGAACCAUUCUGUCAUUAUCAGGGAGUCUCCACUCCACAACAGUGGAGCAAGAUCCAGCACCUCCCUCAGAACUCCAUGAAAUUCGGGAGCAAAUGGAAGUGCUCAGAGCUGAUGUGUCACUGGCUUGCCACAACACAUCACAGCAGCUAACCAAAAAGCACAAAUCUCUUCAAAGGCAAUUGGAAGAGGAACGCGAGAGAACUGGUGCUCUCCUGGAAGUCAUUAACCAAACCUUUUCAUUGGCAAGAGAGACCCAGGAGCUGCAGUUGUCCAGCCAGGUGCUCCAAGAUGUCCCUGAGCAAGAAGGAACCCAGACAGACGGUAUGCUACAAAGGUAUUUGUCCAAUGUCUCAGCAAUUAUGAAAAUGCACGGCCGUUGGAUAUUGCAAUUGAACAGUGAAGUGAAGGCCCAUGAGCUACAGCUCUUAAACUUAACAUCAGCAAGCAGCCAGAAGGAAAUGGAGAUCAGAACUUGCCAAGUAAUGGUUGAAGAAUGCAAGAUCACCCUGGGUUCCAGGUUGCACCAAGUGGAGAAUGAAAUACUCAACUUAAACAAGACAUUCUCUGAUACCUUCACCCCGUUAGGGGACAUUCUUGAGACAAUUGAUGAGAGGGUUAGCAAUCUAUCAUAUGACUUUGAAAUCUUCCAACAACUCGUUGAAGAUCAAGGGCGGCCUCUCGAGAGCAGCAGAGCUGACUCUGGGCACAUACGAAGACAGGAUCUCACUGAACGUUUGGACAAUCUCAGUUCUAAGGUGGCAAGCCUCAGUGUGUUUGUCAAAAGCACCGUGGGAGCUCAGUUAAUCAGGAACCAAAGCCAAGCUGAAGAAGAGUCAUUUAGAGGGCUUCUGGCUGAAUGCCGCCUUGAAAUUGAGGAUAGUUUGAAUGAUACAAUGACUGUCAUUAAUAAUGCAGUGGAUUCAAUGAGAGAUGAUUACUAUAUCUUGAAACAUAAUGUCACUGAUCUGAGGAGAUAUACUUUGGAACUGUUUCGUGAGAGCACCAUAAAGCACAACUAUGAGUUAACACUAUUCCCACAAAUUGCACAGCUGAAUGAGUCCUUUAAGGUCCUUGUGGCUGAUGUUGUGAGACACAAGAAUGCUUUGGAAAUGAUAGGUGUCCUUCAGGGUCUAAAAAAGACUGAGGUAAUUAUACCUCCAAUCCUAAUGAAUGUGUCUCAGUUGUUAAACAAAACUGCAACCAGCAUUGAGGAUUUCCAACAGAGGAUUCACCUUCUGGAGGAAACUGCUCUUUCUUCCUCUUCAGACACCAAAGAUUACCAAUCUCGCAUUCUGGCCCUUGAAUCUCAACUGAGCUCCGUGCUGGCAAACUCUAAAUCAUUACCAAAGAUCAAGUCCAAAUUGACGCAGGGAGCUAAGAUCCAGGCCGCACCUCCUAAGUAUCAGGAGCUGAGCCGCAAAGUGUCGGGACUGCAGCUCAAGUGGACUAAUCUGAACGACAGGGUCUCCCGCAUGAAGGAGGAGUCGGACCAAACCCAUGGAUUGUGCCAGAACUUAUCAUUGCUGCUCACGCAUGUCAACACCAGCGUCCCUCGGGUUACCAUGCCAACGGCAAAUCUAAACAUCACAGCCCUUCAGCAGGACCUCAGAGAGUUCGUGCAGACCACCAGUUGGGCCACAGCUGAGCUCUUCUUCACCAAUAUCACCAUGUUCAUGGACAGGGCCAUUUCUAAUGUUGUCAGGAACAUUACAAAGAUCCAGAAACAAGUUAAGCAGUUGUACAAGAGGCCAAAAGUUGUCAACAAAACCAAUUUCACUGUCAGUUCUGGAAGAAGCCAAAGAUAUGCUGACAAAGUCACUGAUCCAGUGGAGUCCGUAAGCUGCGACAGUGCCCCAUGCCAGAAUGGUGGGACGUGUAUUAAUCAAAGAAAAGGCUUUGUGUGUGUCUGUUGUCCUCCAUUUGGUGGUCCCAGCUGUGACAUUAAACUGCUGGAUGCAAAUGCCUUGAAGACAGAUUUCUCAAGAGGAUCAUACAGGUACGCUCCGAUGGUGGCAUUCUUUGUAGCACACACCUAUGCGAUGAAUACUUCUGGCCCAAUCAGAUUUAAUCAUCUCUACGUCAAUUAUGGUGCUUCCUAUGCACCCGGGAGUGGGAAGUUUUCAAUUCCGUUCCUUGGUGUGUAUGUCUUUAAGUACACCAUCGAGUCCUUCAGCUCACACUUGUCUGGCUUCCUGGUGGUCGAUGGAGUGGAUAAACUGGCCUUUCAAUAUGAAGGUACGGACAACAGUGUCCCCGGCAGCAGAACUGUCACUGGUGACGCAGUGCUGGAACUUAACUACGGGCAAAGUGUUUGGCUGAGAUUGACAUCGGGCUCGAUUCCAGAAAAGUUUCCACCUGUGACAACAUUUGGUGGCUAUCUAUUGUAUCGCACAUAAGACAAAAUAAUAGCACACACAUAUAAUAUUUGAAGUCAGCAAUAAAGUAAUCCCACAGGGCAUAUUAUGCAACAGCACUACUAAACUUAUAUGCUUAACAUACACCAUUCUGUUGGAAUGGAAGUGAAAUCUACUGCUAACUUUAGAUGUUCAUGUUUUGCUUUGUGUUCUCCUGAAUUAAAAUUGAUGGGAGUCAAAAACUAAAUGAGUAUUGAAGCAUUACACCAGUUCUCCAAAUUUCAGAAAUAAAUGACAACACUUUUAUUUCCUGUUGUGUGUGAUUGCACACCAGUUGACAGAUUUGAAAUAAUAUUCAAAUUAACACAACAGAGAGUUUCAUUCAGCACAGUAAGUCUUACAAUGGUUGUAGGUUGAAUUUGCCUUCACAGGUUCAGUUUGAUUGAAGUCAUUUAUCCACUUUAAGUAAUCUUAAAAGCAUCUGUCUGAUUUUCAGUAUGACUAAAUAUAAUAAUUAUACUUAAAGUGUAAUUAUAGCCUGUAUUUGUUUAUGUUUAAGUAUAAUGAAGGAAAAUGCAUGAAUUAUCAAACAAAAACACUUCAACAUAAUGCUUCUCAUACUUGUAAAGUACUUGUGAUCAACAAGUGAGAGAUCUUCAUCUAUCCUGUGUUUGGGAUCCUUGGUGAGUGUCUGUAAGUUGGCCAUCCUCAUUGCUUCAGCAAUCUAUUUGUCGAUAGACAAACUAAAGAUAAGACAAGCAAGAGAAUUUUUUUUUGAUAUGAAGAGAGUCAAGGAAUAAGGCAUGAGUGCAGGAAAGUGGCGCUGUGGAAAGAUCUGCUGUGAUAGAACCAGCACAAGUGAGCUGAAUGGCCUGUUGCUGCUUCUCUUUCUCACGUUCUUAUGGACCCAAGACCUAAGUCCCAAGGGGCCUGGGAAUUUUGGUAAAUUGAUGGACUUUUAGAUCAAAUCUAGAGCAAACCCAAAUAUAGACGAUGAACAAAGUAUAGUUCAUGAAUGUAAAGCAUACUGAUGGCCAACUCCUGUAAAAUACAUGCAAUAUUUCAAUCUGUAAUCAGUCCAUGGACAGCAACCUUAGUGGUGUGAUCUCAAAUGAUAUGAUAGAUUUAUGUUCUGGAUAUAAUUGAAUGGAGGUGGUAGGCUAUCAAAGAAUGGUUUGAAAUUGCCUACACAAAUGUAGAUGUAAUAUAUAGGAUCAUAGAACUAGUUUUUAGAUGACUUUCUGAAAGAAAAAGCAUGAAUUUGGUCAUGAAAGGAUCAAUUGUGUCAGGGAAUUCGUGCAAGUAAUACUCAAGAUGUAUUUUCUGAAUUGACUGAUGACUCAGCAAAGCAUCAGCCACUGACUGGGUGAUAGGAACAAAAAUCACCAGAGUUCAGAGAAAAAUCACAUAGAACUGCUGGAGACAUUCAGUACAGAUUGGGUGGUGGCAAGAAAUGGGUGUAAGCCCCUCUUUUUAUAACCUGCCCAAAUUUCUUCUCAAUUGUCUUCAAGACAAAUCUAUAUCAGUUUGGGCUUUAAUUGGAAAGGCCAACAAAAAGCUAACAGAAGACAUUGAGCUUCAGGAGUUGGCUAGGAGUUGGGGAUUGCCAGAAUUGAGGGCUGCUCCACUGAAGUUGUUGGGUGGAGUGGAGUGGGCUUUAGUGUGCCCCUGGUAGUGUUGCUCCACCUUGUCAACACACAGUACAAACCUCAGGUGACAACUGGCAAAGACGUUCCAUACCCCUAGAGCACUCCAUUUCGUA